AUGACCUUAGAAAUUUCCUCUACAGGCCAUGUCUUAGCUGAUGUUAAUGGAAAAUCAGUCUCUUUCUUAGUAGAUACUGGGGCUACACUCUCGCUUCUCAACUUUGAUGUGCCACAAACAUCGCAGGAAAUGAUUGCUAUCAAGGGUGUUACAGGCUCUGUGCUUAACCAUGCUCUCUCUAAACCACUCCCUGUUACUUUAGGCGAUAAAGUUACAUGGGCUCGCUUUAUUGUUGCACCGGGGGCACCGACUUCUUUGCUGGGACGAGAUCUCUUACAAGAGUUUGGUACUCAAUUGACCUAUGGUAAAGGUAAAGCUAAAUUUAUUUUUAUUGGAAGUGUUUUCACUCUAGAUCAUACUCCGAAGAAAGAAGUGGCCAUUCCCUGGGAAUUGCGGAAUGUCCCUUCUGGACUUUGGAGUCGUACAACUAAAGAUAUUGGUCUUUUGAAGUCUGCGCUGCCGGUUGUCAUUAAAACUAAAGGUGGUCCCCCUCCUGCUAUUAAGCAAUAUCCAAUACCAGCUGUUGCAUUACCAAGUUUGCGAAAACAAAUUCAAACCUUUCUCGAUGAAGGGAUUCUAAAACCUAUUGUGAGUCCAUUUAAUACCCCAAUUCUUCCAGUAAGUAAAAAUCGACUAGAUGAGGAUGGAGAUCCUGAGUACCGUUUUGUACAAGAUUUACGGGCUAUCAACGAUUAUGUUGAAGCUCCGCACCCAGUUGUACCAGAUCCAAGUUUAAUUUUAACCGAAAUUCCAUCUUGGGCGCACUGGUACACUGUUUUAGAUCUGACAGGAGCUUUCUUUAGCAUACCUGUAGCAGAAGAAAGCCAACCUUUGUUUGCCUUCACUUGGGAAGGUCGCCAAUUGACUUGGACUCGGCUCCCUCAAGGCUUUACUGCUUCCCCUACCUUGUUUUCGCAAAUUCUCAAAUAUGAUCUCCAAGAUAUUGAAUUGCCAAACAAAUCUGCACUGAUUCAAUAUGUUGAUGAUUUGCUUGUUGCUAGCCGAACUCGGGAGGCCUGUGCAAUUGAUACAGAGCACCUUUGCAUUCGACUAUAUCAUAAGGGUCAUCGUGCCUCAUUAGCUAAGUUACAAUUCUGUGAACCAGAGGUAAAAUAUUUGGGCUUUGUUUUAGCAGGAGGAGUUCGAAAGAUUGAUCCCAACAGAAUCAACGCUAUUCUUCAAAUUACACCACCUGUUACUAAAAAACAAAUGAGAGCUUUCCUUGGCCAAGCUGGGUUCUGUCGACCAUGGAUUUUAGGGUUUAGCGAACUAGCUAGACCACUUAUUGAAACUACAAAGGACAAAGCUCCAGAGCCAAUUGUCUGGAUGCCAGAAUUGUCCGAUGCCUUUGCAUCUUUGAAGCAAGCCUUAGUCACAGCCCCAGCUUUAGGCCUGCCAAAUUACUCAAAACCUUUCACUUUGUAUGCUACCGAGAAGGGUGGCAUUGCAAAGGGGGUCCUAGUACAACCUCAUGGACCCUAUGAAAGACCUGUGGGUUAUUAUUCAGUUGCUCUUGACCCAGUUAUCAAAGGGUCGCCACAUUGUCUUAGAUCAGUAGCAGCAGCUGCGGAAUUAGUGGAAAAAGUUCGCCCACUUGUUCUGGGUCACAAAUUGAUUGUUGCCGUGCCUCAUGAAGUUGAACUUUUACUAACCCGAUAUGCUACCAAGUCUCUCUCACCGCAGCGCACACAUCGAUACGAAGCCAUCCUGUUACUGACCGAUAAUAUCUCUUUAAAACGGUCAAAACCCUUGAACCCAUCUACCCUUCUACCUGAGGUGCACCUUUCCAAUGACCCACACGACUGUGUGCAAUUCGUCACCACUUAUUCUAAAACCAGAGAAGAUUUGCAAGAUGUUCCUCUCGCCCACCCUGACCUUAACCUGUUCACAGAUGGAUCAAGUUACUAUCUGCAUGGUAAGCGUUUUACUGGUUUUGCUGUUGCCACUGAAAAUCGCGUACUUUUUGCUGAACCUCUCUCUUCAGCACUUGGAGCACAAGCCGCAGAACUAAUUGCCUUGACUCGUGCUGCAACGUUUGCUAAAGGUCUCCGAGUUAAUAUCUAUACAGACUCUAAGUACGCUUUUGGCAUUUGUCAUUCUGUUGGCACACUUUGGAAAGAACGAGGUUUUUUGACCUCCGCCGGUCGUACUAUUGCUCAUGGACAAUUAAUUCAUGAUUUGCUGCUCGCUAUCCAGGAACCACGAGAAAUUGCUGUUAUUUACAUUCCUGCUCAUACUAAACGCCUUGAUUCUUUCGCUCAUGGCAACGCCUUGGCUGACUCCACGGCGAGAGCGGCAGCAGUCCACGAUGCAUCUCCUGCUACGACUGUGGUUGCUACCCUUCUUCCUUUUCCUGUUGGUCCUGCCCUUUAUGAUGAACUAGAUGAAGAAGAGCUCAACAAAUGGAAACGCUGGGAAGCAACGCAACAGGACGGCAUCUGGAAACUAGGUGAUAAACCCUUAUUGCCUAUGAGGUAUGUCCUUCCUCUAACUCGCUGGAUUCACGAUCGUACUCAUGGGGGGCCUGAAGCUGUAGCUUCUAAAAUCCAACAGUUGUGGGCAGCGCCUGGAGUUUACAGUGCUGCAAAACGCCUGACUGACUCUUGUACUCUUUGCAAGAAAUAUGGGGUCACAAAGGUCACAACAGUCCCUGGCAAGCGGCCGCCUGCUUACUUUCCUUUCCAGAAACUGCAAAUUGAUUUCGCAGAACUCCCCCCUUCUAUGGGAUAUAAGUACAUUCUUGUUAUUGUUGAUCAACUUUCGCACUGGGUGGAAGCCUUUCCUACUUGCAAGAACGAUUCGAAAAUUGUGGUUAAGACCCUGCUUCGUGAUAUCAUUCCGAGAUUGUUUUACAGAAUCGAAUGGCUUUAGACAUCCUGUUAGCUUCGCAAGGAGGUGUCUGUACCAUGCUAAACUCCAGUUGCUGUAUGUAUAUCGAUCAGAGUAAGCAAUUGAUAACUGAAGUGGAUAAAAUCUGGAAAGUUAGUCAUGUUAUGCAGCAAAUUCAAUGAGAUGACGCUACUCGGGUGUCGCAGACCUGUGGCAAUGGAUGACUUCCUGGUUUCCUGAUCUCGGAACGUUAGUGAA